ACUAUCCUACUCAUAAUCGAGCGUCUUAGCUAGCUAGCUACCCGGUAUUCACCUGGAUAGUGGAGCGCAGUGUCGGUAGCUCUUCGUCUCGCCCCCGUACUCGGAUCUACACAUUCGCCAUGACCCCUUCAUUACCCUAUGCCGCUGAUGUCGAAAGUCCCCUCCGACCCGAGGAACUCGCCGUUCUGCGCGCGCAGUAUGAGAAAGAGGGCGAGUAUGUCGGUUUGCAGACCAAGUUCAACUACGCAUGGGGUCUCAUAAAAAGCAACCAACGCGUCGAGCAACAAGAAGGAGUACGCCUCCUGUCCGAAAUCUUCCGCAACUCUCGCGAGCGCCGGAGAGAAUGCCUAUACUACUUGGCGCUGGGGAACUACAAGCUGGGGAACUAUGCCGAGGCGAGGAGAUAUAAUGACUUCUUGCUGGACCUGGAGCCGACGAAUAUGCAGGCGGGGAGUUUGAAGGAGUUGAUUGAUGAUAAGGUUGCGAAGGAGGGGCUUGUGGGCGUGGCUAUUGUGGGAGGACUGGCGGCGGCGGCAGCUAUUGUGGGCACUAUGAUUGCGAGGAGUGCGCGGAGGAAGUAGGAUGAUGGUUGCAGUACAUACACGGGUUCUGUGAGAUUGGACUCUGGACUUUGCAUGGGCGUUGGCAGUUGGUAGGCAUUUUUGAUUGCAUUUGUACAGUACGAUAUGCUUUUGGGCUUUAAUCCUAGGGAGAGUUGAGAGUUCUGGAAAUAUUGGAUAAUAAACCUUCCAUCGGAGCAAUACGUAGAGAAAACCCUACACGGCAACUC